AUGUAUAGAUUUGUGUUAAAGAAAUCUGUCAGAGUGACAGGUGUUAGUGUUGUUCGUCACAUUUACCACAUAACUUCAGACCGGGUCUGGAUCUGUGAUAGAAAUAAUCUCAUCUUGACAAACACAAAAGGUGACAAACUAGAUCAUGUGACAGGUGUAUAUAGUGAUUAUACUGGAGUACACACGGUUUCUGGUGCUGGUGAAUUAAUUUAUAUAGACAGUGAGUAUAACAUCAACCAACUAUCUAAAGAUAACAAAGUAAAGACCACAUCAAUAAAGUAUAACACAGCACCAUGGAGACCACAGUGUGUCUACAGCUCCCCCUCCACUGGUGACCUGCUGGUCGGGAUGUUUAGACGUGACACAUUGACAGGCCAGGUAAACCGUUACAAUAACACAGGACGACACAUACAGACCAUACAACACAGCAACACAGGUCAGAGACUGUAUGAAUGCCCUCUCUUCAUCACAGAAAACCGCAAUGGAGAUGUCAUAGUGUCUGACUAUGACCGUGGUGCUGUAGUGGUGACAGAUCGUGUAGGUAGACACCGUUUCACCUACACAGGUCCUCCAUCAGGAUCAGGGCUAAAUCCACGUGGAAUCUGUACUGACGCGCAGUCACACAUACUGCUGUGUGAUUAUUGCACUAAAGCAGUACAGAUGAUUGACAAGGAUGGUCGUUUUCUGUCACAAUUCGAGACAGAACAACACGGGAUAUACGUACCACGAAGCCUGAGUUAUGACUGUGAUACACAUCUUCUCUGGGUUGGAUCACGGUACAACAACACAGUAAACAUUUACAGACUUAUCAAUGAAGGGGAUGAUCUUCCUGGUGCAUGCAUUGAUGAUUUAGAUAAGGCUAAUAUUGAUGAGUUGAAGACGUUUCUGAGGAAGGAGAAGACAACUGUUUCCCAUGCCAGAGGAAUACUUGUUGGAUGUGCUGGGGCUGGAAAAACAACACUACUGAAGCAAUUAAGAGGGCAAAGUCAAACUUUCAGGAAAGCUUCGAAGUCAUCCAGGGGAUUAACAACAUUGCUGAAGAGAUUAAGAGGGCAACAUCAGGAUGUCGGUGAAGUUACUGAGUCCACCAGGGGACUGGAAGUCCAUCAACAUCUCUUCAUUGUUAGAGACGGAAUUCUGGAAGGUUAG